CUACGUUUUGAAUUCGGGAAAGUGAGUCGAAAGUGUAGCGACGUACAAAACCGUAAUUAAAAUGGACUUAAUGUUUACACUUGCUUCGUAAUUCUGUUUAAACCAUUCGGAAAAUCCGUUUUUUUUUCGAAGCUAAGGCGAACAAGAACCGCUUUUAUUACCGAGCGAUAGCUUCAACUUGUCCCAGUUGGUAAGUUAGUAGCAGAGACUAAACUAGCAAGUGUGCUAGCUAGCUAACCUGCAUAGCUUAGCUGGUCAAGCAGCCAGCUGAACCCAGGGCUCGUCGAGGCUUGGCCAAGGUUUUAAUCAACACUUAAACAACGCCUGCUUGCAGUUGAGUUUCUCAAAUCGGGUCGUGACAGCAUGGCCGACAGCACUUUCGGGACGAUCCGCAGCCUGCUGGUGGACUCGUCCGUCUUUGACUCUAGGAUGGCGGAGACCUCCAAGGACCACACAUUUCUCUGCCUGACCUCGGACGACGCUGAGGAUAUGCUGCGGAGAGUGAAGACCAGGGUUGUGCUUGUGGGGGAAGUGGGCAGCGACACAGCACUUGUAAAAGCACUUGAGGCCAUCCAAGUAAUGGAGGUGCCAGUGGUCAAGAUUAAAGAAGGUGACCCGGGCUCAGAGUCGGGAGAGAAAUUAAUAAAAUCUAUAGUCAAUAUGGAUAUAAAUGUCCCCUGUAUAAAGACAGACAAUGUCAAAGAGUUUGGGGAUGGAGAAAACGCUGAGUACGAGACAGUCUUUGUACUGAAGGACUUCCAGUCUCCUGACUAUCGCUAUUUAUACAAAAAUGACAACCGCAUUUUGGGCCCCCCUGUGGUACUGCAUUGUGCUGGGAAGGGAGAGCCGCUGCCAUUUGCAUCCCGUCCUCUCUACUCUACCACAAUGCUCAACUUAUCACUCUGUUUCACCGGGUUCCGCAAAAAAGAGGAAGUGGUAAACCUAGUUAACCUGGUGCAUCAUAUGGGCGGUACCAUCCGCAAGGACUUCAGCGCUAAAGUCACCCAUCUCAUUGCCUAUUCCACUCACGGGGAGAAAUACAGGUUGGCUGUUUGUAUGGGUACACCCAUUCUCACUCCAGACUGGAUUCAUAAGGCCUGGGAACACAAGGAAAACAUCAAUUUCCAUGCAGGAGACGAGGAGUUCCGUAUGGCCUUCAAAGUGCCGCCGUUUCAGGACUGUGUUCUGAGCUUUUUGGGAUUCUCUGAGGAGGAAAAAUGCAAUAUGGAGGAAAGGACGCUGAAGCAUGGAGGGCGGUUUCUGGAGGUCGGAGAUGAGAAGUGCACUCACCUGGUGGUGGAGGAGAACUCCAUUAAAGAGCUGCCCUUUGUGCCAUCAAAGAGACUGUAUGUUGUAAAACAGGAGUGGUUUUGGGGCAGUAUCCAGAUGGAUGCUCGUGCUGGGGAAUCUAUGUAUUCAUAUGAGAAGUCGGAGAGCCCGGCGAUGAAGAAGGCCGUGUCCCUUCUUUCUCUCACAACACCCACUAGUAAUCGGAAGCGGCGGCGUCUGCGUGACACUCUGGCCCAACUCGCUAAAGAGACCGAGAUCUCUCCCUUCCCCCCUCGCAAGAGGCCCUCGGCAGAGCACUCGCUCUCUAUGGGCUCACUGCUGGACAUCUCCAACACUCCAGACACGUGCAAGGCCUUUGCAGAGUGUAGCGUGGCAGGCAGGCGUAGACAGAAGAAGCCUGUGAAGAGGAGGAGUGAACGGGAAAAGGAGAGGAGGAGUAGGACAGGCAGAGAACGGCCCUUUCACUGUAUCAGCAUCCCACAGCAAGCCACAGAGCAGGACAGACUCCCUGAGCACAUGCACUUGGAGCUCUCACUUGACUCCUCUAAGGAGUCUGGAGAGAACUCCAAACCCUCCAAAAGCUCCACACCUGUCCUGCCCAAGCAGUCAGCAAGAUGGCAGGUGUCCAAGGAACUGUACCAGACUGAGAGCAACUAUGUGGAUAUCCUGGCUACAGUUCUGCAGCUUUUCAAAUAUCCACUGGAGAAAGAAGGGCAGGUCGGAGGCCCCAUCCUGGCUCAGGAAGAGAUUAAGACCAUCUUUGGCAGCAUCCCAGACAUUUAUGAUGUGCACACCAGAAUAAAGGCCGAUCUAGAGGAGCUGGUGAUGAACUGGUCAGAAGACAAGAGUGUCGGUGACAUCAUUUUAAAAUAUUCGGGAGAGCUGGUGAAAGCUUACCCGCCUUUCGUCAACUUCUUUGAGAUGAGCAAGGAGACGAUUGUGAAGUGUGAGAAGCAGAAGCCAAGAUUUCAUGCAUUCCUAAAGAUCAAUCAGGCUAAACCUGAGUGCGGGCGGCAGACGUUGGUGGAGCUGAUGAUACGUCCUGUUCAGAGACUGCCUAGCGUGGCUCUCUUACUCAAUGAUAUUAAAAAGCAUACCUCUGAUGAUAAUCCUGAUAAAGUCACUCUGGAAAAGGCCAUAGAGUCCCUCAAAGAAGUUAUGACCCAUAUAAACGAAGACAAGAGAAAGACGGAAGGCCAGAAGCAGAUCUUUGAUGUGGUUUAUGAAGUGGAUGGCUGUCCUGCCAAUCUUUUAUCAUCUCAUCGGAGUUUGGUGCACAGAGUGGAGACCAUAGCUCUAGGAGACAAUCCCUGUGACCGCGGCGAACAUGUCACUCUGUUUCUCUUCAACGACUGCCUGGAGAUUGCCAGGAAAAGGCAUAAGGUGAUCAGCACCUUUAAGAGUCCUCUGGGGCAAACACGGCCACCUGCUCAGCUCAAGCACAUCACCCUCAUGCCCCUGUCUCAGAUCCGUAGGGUACUGGACCUGCGUGACACCGAGGACUGUCAGAACGCCUUUGCCCUGGUUGUGAGGCCUCCUACUGAGCAAGAGAACCUCCUGUUUAGUUUCCAGCUUGCUGCUGAAGACGCACUCAAGUCGACCUGGCUCAAGACUCUUUGCCGUCAAGUGGCAAACACCAUCUGCAGAGCUGACGCGGAAGACCUAAUUCAGCGCACUGAUCCUGACACCCUUCAAGUGAGCACGAAGGACAUGGAUAGCACGCUGAGUCGAGCCUCCAGGGCCAUCAAAAAGACAUCAAAGAAGGUAACCAGGGCAUUCUCUUUCACCAAAACCCCAAAGCGUGUAAUCCAGAGAGCUUUCAUGGCCAGCAGUACCCCAGAUGACAAGAGCCCUGGCCCAGGCCUUGAUCAUAUGACUCGGAUGACUAGCAGCUCUACACUGGCCAUGGCUCGCUCAGCCUCCACUUUCAGUCUGAGUGGUUGCAGUAAAAAUGCUGUAGUACAGCGCUCCAAUUCUCUGGACAAUGCGCCUCGGCCCAGGGUGGCCGUGUGUGUACGCAGCCCAUGCUGCCCAGAGAACACUAACCAGCCUGCUCCUGCAGAGACCCAUCUCAAAGUGCCCACGCAGCAAGCAUGUCCAUCCGCUCUGCAGGGCACGAGGCCAUACCGGGAGCUUGCGGUUUCCUUGGAGCAGCGCCGAGCCCCUGGCUCCCCCCGCAGAGAGACUCUACUCUAGGUGUCCAAAUGAUGCUGUACACUCGCCAUCGAUGAUCAAUCUGUCGUCUGCAUUUGAGAGGAAGUACCACACCUUUAGCCGGUCAACCACUCACCUGAUCUGAUUCGUCUGAUCGAACCCGUUUUCCCUGCUCUCUGACAACAACGUUAAAGAACUUCAGUGGUACAGUGCUGCUCAGAUCACUACACUACUUUCACUUCCAAAUGAAGGAUCAUUUUUUAAUUUGUGUUUUUCCAGUGUUAGUCAUUAUAUUUUGGGCACUUUCAACUAACAGAGAAAUGUUAAUAACUGACACAUUCAGACUUUUUUUUUUCCCUAGAAAAAAAAAUAGAAAUAGAUUUUCACAUUUAUUAACCAAUGAAAGUAUUUCUUAAUGUAAUAUGAGAAAGCCUAUCAGCCACUUUCCAGCUUUUAUAAAGCUACACAACUGAGUAUUUUAUAUAAAUAGGUUAUGAAUAGCGAAACUAUGGGAAGUCUUUGUAGUAAAACCAUUGCUCAAGUUUCACAUAUUGUAUUAGUAUUUUCCUGUUUUCCUGAUUUGUUUUAAUUUGAACAGGCAAAAAAAGUGGAGCUGCUCACAGCGUUUGUAUUUAUUCUCUAGAAUAAAUCAUUUAUAUAUAUAUAUAGUAUAUGUCGAUCUUAUAACUUUCCCUUUGUUUGUAUUUAUGUGUAAAUAUGGUCCUUUUUUCAUUUGUGGUGUCAUUGCUAUGAUUGUUUCUCUUAUUUCUUGAAUGUCACAUUUUAAGUCACUGUAGUGGCCUUCCAAACUUGUACAAACAUUUAGCCCUGUUUCAUAACUUUUCCCUUUCUUACUGUAUUGUAGUUACAUGUUGUCUUUUUAAAUGUAAUGAUUUUUGGGAAUUGCUUUUAUGUUUGACACUUCAUUUAUUCGUUUCCAAUAAAAGACGGAUGUAGCAAAUGACUGGGCCCCAGUUCUGGGAUUGCAAACAGUUUUGCAGACAGUUUCCCAAAUGUUAAAUGCAGUCAUUUUUCCUUGUUCUGCCUUGUCCUUGUGUCACACACCUUUUGGAAUAUCAGUAUAUCGGAAUUCAUUUUUAUCUAGGGUCAGCAUGCAUACAUAGAGGACUGAGAGCCAGAUGCAGACACAGCAAAUGUAUAGCUAUAGAUUGAACCAAUAUAUCAACCAAUCAAUAACUAUUUGAAAAACACUGCUCAUAGAUCAUAAACCACUGGGGCUUCAGUAGCAGCUCUUCUGUUGCAACCAGUUACUUUUAAUUUAUCAAGAAAGAAGAGCAAGACGUUUCCCAGUCUAUCAUAGAACUGUUGUGUUUGCCAUGACAUUAGCAGAUGACAACUGAAUGUUUGAAGACUUUUUAAUCAAGUAUACAUUUUUUUUUUUCUAGUUUCGGAACCUGACUGUCUUCAUGAGUGUCAGAGUCCAUGAAUUCCACACAUUUGAUUUUGUUGAUUUGCUCACUGCUUGUUUUCAACAAUAGACCAUGUAUUUGGCCAUAGAGAGUAUCUUCAUCAUGCAGUCGUGGGGUAGAGGUUUAGUUGUAUGAUUUAAUAAGAAUGUAUAAGCCAGGGGUGUUUUCUUUUUUUAAUUAAAAAAUUACUCAUCAGUUAUAAUUCAAAAAAUUCUAACAAAAAAAUGGUGUUUCCACACUCUGUCAUCGUCUUGAUUUUUUUUU